UUUUUUUUACAGUCCCUGGGAGUAGUCCUAGAACUGUGAGAGAUAACAGUGUCUGCAUUUAACUGCUAAUCAUUCCACCUUUUUCUUGCUUGUCCAUACACUGUAGUGGGUGUGUAGAGGACAUUUUUAUGUGAGAGUGGCUCCCUGAAAUAUCCCGAUGAAGGCUGUCAAAAUGAACCAAAGAAGUAACCCAGACACCCCCUCGCUAAAAUCACGCAGCCACACAGACUGUAAUGCAGCACCAUCACAUGUAACUGUCAGAUACAGUUAAAUAGUACGUCAUCAAACUUCAAAUCUAAAAGAACCAGAAAAAUCACAAACUGUUGAAUUAAUGCAAAACAGUGAUGUUGAGCUGAAAUAUCCUCAGAGUUGAGCAGAAACACAGAUUUUAAUAAUUCAUAUUUCACAUUCAAGUAUAAAUAAAGACUUUAUAUCCACUUUAAAGAAAUCCCAUAAUGUGAUAAAUCCAUUCUAAGAGUUCACGCACUUCUUCUGUGCUUUUUAUGUUACAAACUUAUGUUCUUGUCUUGUUGCCAGAUGAGGCCGUAGUGAAGAAUUUCAAGCAGUUUACAAGGAAGCGGCAGGGAGCCGUGAGGCGAAGGAUACACCAGGUUAAUGGGCACAAGUUUAUGUCCACUUUCCUCCGUCAGCCCACCUUCUGUUUUCACUGCAAAGAGUUCAUCUGGGGUGUUUUUGGAAAGCAGGGUUACCAGUGUCAAGUGUGUACCUGUGUGGUGCACAAACGAUGCCACCAGCAGGUCGUCACUGUCUGUCCACGCAUGAAGAAAACAGCAAAAGAACAGCCUAUAAAUCAAGGUUUCAGCAUCAACAUCCCUCACAAGUUCAACAUGCAUAACUACAAGUCGCCCACCUUCUGUGACCACUGUGGCUCGCUGCUGUGGGGGAUUGUCAGACAGGGGCUGCACUGUAAAAUCUGCAAAAUGAACGUCCACAUCCGUUGCAAAUGCAACGUUGCUCCCAACUGUGGGGUCAACAGUGUGGAACUGGCCAAUAAGCUCGCUGAGAUGGGUCUGCAGGCAGAAGGACUUGCCAAACGGAAAUCAGUGGUGAAAAACGCAGAACAGACGAGGACUCCAUCUGAGGGGAGGGAUUGUACGGAAACUCAGCAGCAGUUGCCACGGCUAGGAAUUUCAGACUUCACGUUCCUUCAAGUGCUGGGCAAGGGCAGCUUUGGCAAGGUGAUGCUGGCGAGACUAAAUGGCAGAGAUCGGGUUUUCGCGGUCAAGGUGUUGAAGAAGGACAUCAUUUUGCAGGAUGAUGACGUCGAGUGCACCAUGACAGAGAAGAGGGUGCUGUCACUGGCCCGCUGUCACCCGUACCUCACACAGCUGUACUGCUGCUUCCAGACACCGGACCGUCUCUUUUUUGUGAUGGAAUUUGUGAACGGCGGCGAUCUCAUGUUCCACAUCCAGAAGUCCAGGAAGUUCGAAGAAGGCAGAGCCCGUUUCUACACAGCCGAGAUCACCUCUGCGCUCAUGUUCCUGCACAGCAAAGGCAUCAUUUACAGGGAUCUAAAGUUGGACAAUGUUCUUCUUGACAAAGACGGUCACUGCAAAUUGGCAGAUUUUGGCAUGUGCAAGGAGGGCAUAUUUGAAGGUGUUGCCACGGGAACGUUCUGCGGGACCCCGGAUUAUAUUGCCCCUGAGAUCCUGCAAGAGAUGCUGUAUGGGCCUUCUGUGGAUUGGUGGGCCCUCGGGGUGCUACUGUAUGAGAUGCUCUCUGGACAUGCUCCUUUUGAGGCGGAAAAUGAAGAUGACCUCUUUGAAUCCAUCCUCAAUGAAGAGAUUGUUUAUGCCUCUUGGCUCAGCACAGAGGCAGUCAAUAUACUGAAAGCUCUCUUGACCAAAAACCCGGCACGGCGUCUGGGCUGUGUGCCCACAGAGGGUGGAGAGGAGGCUGUGACCAGCCACGCUUUCUUCACAGGUAUCGACUGGGAGAAGCUAAAUCGUAGAGAAAUUGAGCCGCCUUUCAAGCCCAGGAUUAAAACCCCGGAGGACGUCAACAACUUUGACCCAGAUUUUACUCAGGAAGAGCCCACGCUCACGCCCAUCGAUGACCCUAUGAUCCCUUCCAUCAACCAGGAGGAAUUCAGAAACUUUUCCUUUACUUCACCUGAACUGCUAGAGAAUUAAGACUCAGAGACUGAUCCACUAGCAGUUGUGCGGUCACCCUUACUCUUCUCAGUGUCUGUGCAUUUGCCUAAAACAUUUUCCACUGGCAUAUAAAACACGGUGCGGACACAUUUCCCAGAGAUAUAACUGUGCGAAAGUUCCAAGCGGCCAGCCAAAACAUGCUUGACAAGGACCCGAGCUGCACUUGAACUGUAAGAACUUGUACCUCAGACCCAAAUGUGGAGUGUGGCCAGCUUUUGAAAUAACAUUUAGUUUUGGCUUCAUUUACACAUUAAUGCAAGUGUGUAUGUACGUGUGGACAGGAUGUAUUUUAUUAUGUUGUAUUGUGAUGAAAUUGCUUCUAUUUGCUCAAUUUUUGCUCUUUCGCUGCUCAGAGAUGGGG